AUGGCCAGGGUCCCAGAGCUGCAUGACGCCUUCUUGCAAGCACAGGCUUCGCCCCAACUUUCCCCCGAGACCGAAGAAGAAUGUUGCGUGCAGCUCCUGGGCAAGGACUUGCUAGUCUAUCCCGAGGGGCGAGAAUACCUGGCGGCCGAAGCGCAGCCCAGGGACCCACAGGGCGCAGAGGAGAGAGAAGACCCGCAACUGCGGGUUGGAAUUAAAGCAGAAACGCAUUUAAGUAAUGGUAACUUUUCCUCUGAGGAAGAGGAUGCGGACGAUAAUGAGAGCAAAACCAAAGCCGAGGAUCAACACCUCUCUCAGAAAAAAACCAUCACGCAGAUUAUGAAAGACAAAAAGAAGCAGACCCAGCUCACGCUGCAGUGGCUUGAAGAAAAUUACAUUGUAUGUGAAGGAGUUUGCUUGCCACGGUGCAUCCUUUAUGCACACUACUUAGAUUUCUGCAGGAAAGAGAAAUUGGAGCCAGCUUGCGCAGCCACAUUUGGGAAGACAAUUCGUCAGAAAUUUCCCCUUCUGACAACCCGGCGGCUUGGGACAAGAGGCCAUUCCAAGUAUCAUUACUAUGGGAUUGGUAUCAAAGAGAGCAGCGCAUAUUACCACUCUGUUUAUUCAGGAAAGGGCCUGACCAGGUUUUCUGGCAGCAAGCUGAAGAAUGAAGGUGGCUUCACUCGAAAGUAUUCCCUUAGUUCAAAAACUGGAACUCUUCUUCCAGAAUUCCCCAGCGCUCAACACCUUGUGUACCAAGGAUGCAUUUCUAAGGACAAGGUUGAUACUCUUAUAAUGAUGUACAAAACUCACUGCCAGUGCAUCUUGGACAAUGCAAUUAAUGGAAACUUUGAAGAGAUCCAGCAUUUCUUGCUACAUUUUUGGCAAGGAAUGCCUGAGCAUCUUCUUCCCCUGCUUGAAAAUCCUGUGAUCAUUGACAUGUUCUGUGUUUGUGACUCAAUUCUUUAUAAGGUUCUUACAGAUGUACUCAUUCCUGCAACAAUGCAAGAAAUGCCUGAAAGCUUAUUGGCAGACAUAAGAAAUUUUGCAAAAAAUUGGGAACAGUGGGUUGUUUCAUCUUUGGAAAACUUGCCAGAAGCCCUUACUGACAAAAAAAUACCUAUUGUGCGAAGAUUUGUAUCUUCUCUGAAACGGCAAACGUCCUUCCUACAUCUUGCUCAGAUUGCCAGACCAGCUCUCUUUGACCAGCAUGUUGUAAAUUCUAUGAUAUCUGACAUUGAAAAGGUAGAUUUAAAUAGCAUUGGAUCGCAGGCCCUUCUUACUAUUUCUGGCAGUACAGACACUGAAUCUGAUAUCUACACUGAAUAUGAUUCUAUCACUGUGUUUCAAGAACUGAAGGAUCUCCUUAAGAAGAAUGCUACUGUGGAGGCUUUUAUAGAAUGGUUGGACACUGUGGUAGAACAGAGAGUUAUCAAGACCAACAAACAAAAUGGAAGAUCAUUAAAGAAGAGGGCUCAAGACUUUCUGCUAAAAUGGAGUUUUUUUGGUGCUCGAGUAAUGCAUAAUCUCACCUUGAAUAAUGCAUCCAGUUUCGGAUCUUUCCAUUUGAUCCGAAUGCUCCUUGAUGAAUACAUUCUCCUGGCCAUGGAGACACAGUUUAAUAAUGACAAAGAGCAAGAGUUACAAAAUUUGCUGGACAAGUAUAUGAAGAAUUCAGAUGCAAGUAAAGCUGCCUUCACUGCUUCUCCAAGUUCCUGCUUUCUGGCCAAUCGUACUAAAGGGAACUCAGUUUCCAGUGACAGUGUAAAGAAUGAAAGCCACGUGGAGACCACCUAUCUUCCUCUGUCAUCUACUCAAGGUGGAGGCCUUCCCCCUGCUCUGCAUCCUUUCCCUACAGGGAAUGCAGACAACAUGGUGCUCACAGGUCAAAUGGAGUUCUCACAAAGUGCCGGCCAUCUGAUGACACCCCCUAUUUCUCCAGCUAUGGCAAACCGAGGAAGUGUCAUUAACCAAGGGCCAAUGGCAGGGAGGUCCCCCAACGUGGGUCCUGGACUCUCAGCUCCAUCACACUGCUCAACGUACCCAGAGCCUAUUUACCCGACUCUGCCUCCAGCCAAUCAUGACUUUUUUGGGAGCAACUCUAACUAUCAGACUGUUUUUAGGGCACAGCCCCACCCCCCAUCUGGACUGUAUCCCCAUCGCACUGAGCAUGGUCGAUGCAUGGCCUGGGCUGAACAGCAGCUUUCUAGAGACCUCUUCAGUGGGAAUUGUACUGGAUCACCAUAUAAUUCCCGCCCACCUUCCAGUUUUGGACUGUCCCCACAUGCGCAAGAUUCACACAACAUGCAGUUUUUAAAUACAGGAAGCUUCAAUUUUCUGAGUCAUACAGGGACAACCAGCUGCGAGGGAGCCACAUUGCCUCCUAAUUCACCUAAUGGAUACUAUGGAAGCAACAUGAAUUACCCAGAGUCUCACAGACUUGGAUCAAUGGUGAAUCAGCAUGUUUCCGUCAUCAGCAGUGUUCGCUCACUGCCUGCCUAUAGUGACAUCCAUGAUCCACUUAACAUAUUAGAUGACAGUAGUAGAAAGCAGAUGAGCUCCUUUUAUGCAGACACACCACCUCCAGUUGCAUGUCGGACUCCAGUAGUAGCUUCCAGCUUGCAAACAUCAAUUCCUUCCUCUUCCUCCCAGUGUAUGUAUGGACCUUCUAAUCAGUAUCCAGCUCAAGAAACCCUGGAUUCUCAUGGAUCAAACAGUAGAGAAACGGUGUCAUCUUUACCACCUAUCAACACUGUGUUUAUGGGAACAGCAGCUGGUGGCACUUGAAUCAACAAUGUCAAGAGGGAGUUCACGCUAAAAAUCUCUGCUGCACAAAUAUUCACUCAGACUGUCAUCAUACUAAGGAAAAUAGAAUAUUCAGUAGCAGAACACUAUUUUUCAAGUCACUGGUACUAUGGCCUACUCCAUCGUGGAUGGAAACAGUUACAGAAUUUUGUCUUGCACACAAAUAGCUUAAAAUGUGAUCUCAUGAUUAAUCAUAGUUCAAACAUUAUGAAAUGGAACUAGUAAGGACUUGAAGAUGCAAACACUUCAACUAUGAAAAAUUAAUAUUUUACCUUUUAAUUUAUUGUAGAUUUGUGCUUUCUUCAUCUUUAGUUUAUAAAAAAAGAGAAAUGUAUAUUUAAUGCCUUCACAAUAGCCUUAAUUUAUUAGGA